AUGGCGCCGCAGGCGGGCUUCUCGUUCAACCCGUGGGUGCGAAACGACUCUCCGUCGGCCUCGCCUGGUGGAUCGUGGGCGCCCGUUUUGGGACGCCGCCGCAAGAAGGAGCCCUGCACUUUCUGUAAGUGCGGUCAUUGGACUUACGAUCGUCUUCUACGCAAGCGCGGUCAUUGCGCUGGCUGCAUGGCCGAGUUGGUGCCAGCCAGUGACUCCGCAAAGACGGGUGAGGCCCGCGGUGCGUGGGGGGGAGGCGGCGCGUCCACGCCCUCUGGGCUUGCCGCGCCCCAGCUCGCCUUCACGCAGAAGCUUGCCUCCGACGUCCCGCCUGAUAAGGCUCGAGCCUUCCUCGAUGCGUUCGGCGUCCAGAAGCCUGCGCCUCCUGUCCACAGACUGGGCCAGGGGAACGAGGUGCAGGCGGCGGAGGGGAAGCAGCGGGCGACCGCGAACAGGCUCCAGCAGGCACUUCAGAAUCAGGUUCGUAUCCAGAAGAUGCUCGCGGAGGCCGGGCGGCAGGUGGACGACGCCCUGCUGGAGGACAUCAAGGCCGAGAAGGAGGUUGAAGACGCUGCGCGCUGGUUGGCGCAGCGUGUCCUUCCCCCUGAGGAGUCAUCGGCGAAGAAGUCGGUUGUCCACAGCGAGGCGCUCCUGGCCGACCCCUCAUCGCUUCCCCUCGACCUGGGAGAGGAGCUUGACCUGUCGGGGGAUCUGUACUCUGAUGAGGAGCGCAAGCAGUUGGCCGAAUUAUCCAAGGAGUUUGCUGAACGUGCUCGAGCACUGCUCAGCACCGCCGUCUCCCAGGCUCGGGACGAGGCUCAGAAGAUCAAGAAGGAGCGGUCGGAGAGGCUCGAGCAGCUCAAGAAGAAAAGGAAGGCCGCCCGCGAGGCCGCCGAGGCAAGGAUUGCGCGGGCCGCGGUGCGGCAGGAGCUCGAGGAGGCCGCCAGAAAGGGCGCUGCGGGGGCCAAGGGCAACGGCAUGCAGGAGUCCUAG